GACGUGAGGAUGGUGAGGGGAGGGUUGGUGAAGUGAUUUUGUUAGACCACGUUUUGGGAGAGGUCGAGCCAGUCAGCCGUUAGCCAAAUUUCCUCUGUAUUACUCUUAAUUAUUUUCAUUCUGACUGUAGUUCUUAAACUGCUCCUAAAGGUGCCUGCUAUGCUGUAGCGAGUGGGGAGAGGAGGAACAGAUUGGGGCACAGAGGAUAAGAGAUGGGGAAGCAAAAGAAAGCAAGGAAGUAUGCGACAAUGAAGCGAAUGCUUAGUCUCCGAGAUCAGAGGCUUAAAGAAAAGGAUAGAUUAAAACCUAAAAAAAAAGAAAAGAAAGAUCCCAGUGCACUCAAGGAAAGAGAAGUCCCCCAACAUCCUUCCUGCUUAUUCUUCCAAUAUAACACUCAGCUGGGCCCACCUUACCACAUCCUGGUUGAUACCAACUUUAUCAACUUUUCCAUUAAAGCCAAACUUGACUUAGUACAGUCAAUGAUGGACUGUCUUUAUGCCAAGUGUAUCCCUUGUAUAACUGAUUGUGUAAUGGCUGAAAUUGAGAAACUGGGGCAGAAGUAUCGAGUGGCUCUAAGGAUUGCCAAGGAUCCCAGAUUUGAACGAUUACCAUGCACACACAGAGGAACCUACGCAGAUGACUGCUUAGUGCAGAGAGUAACUCAGCACAAGUGUUACAUUGUGGCCACAGUUGACCGAGACCUUAAACGAAGGAUCCGGAAGAUUCCUGGAGUUCCCAUCAUGUACAUUUCUAACCAUAGGUACAACAUUGAGCGGAUGCCAGAUGAUUACGGAGCCCCUCGGUUCUAAUUCUUAAAAGAUAGAGUUCCUCUGCCUUCCUUUACCAACUUUUUCUGUUGCUGGUUCAUAUUAGCAACAUGCUAUAGCAUGAAUUAUUCUUCUUACCCUUUUCCUGUUAUGAGCUGAGUAUGGUUAAAUACACUCACUUUUUGGUAUUGUUUUGAGAUUGAUAAUUUGUAUCAUUUUAAAUAUUGUUGCAUUUUUUUUUUAUAAAUCAGAUGAUUGCUCAUAUAAUUUGGUGGUGGCUAUUUUAUAUCGAUUUACUCAACAUAUAUUUAUUACAGUUAUCCUCGGUACUUAAUAAGAUAUGGUCCUUCCCUGAAAACAUUCGUAUUAUAAUAGGGGAAAGAGAAACAUGUAUGUGAAUAAAUAUCGUCAUAUAAUGGUGUCAAGUUAAAGGUAUGAGCGGAUAGACCUGUGUAUGAGAAAAGAAUGAUUUCUUUCUACUUGGUUGGAAUGGGGAGGGAGGUAGGGCUAGAGGUAGUUAUAUUUGAGUUAAUCUUUAAAAGUGAAUAAGUGCUUGCCCAGUAUAUGAACAAAGAAACGAGGCAUAAGAAACAUAUGAACAAAAGUACGGAGACGUGGAUGUUACAUGGAAUGAUUGCUUCGCCUGUGCAAACACUACCAUACGGUUUUUCUAACUAGAACAUGGGGAAAAGAGAUCUAGCCUGCAUCUGAGACUCCAGGGGAGGGAGGUAACUGGGAGGGGGCCUUAUAUGACAUGGUAAAGGGUUUGGACUUGAUUGUGAAGUCAACAGGAACUUAUUAAAAUUUUAAGUAA